AUGGAGGAGGGCCUCAAGACAGACCCCCCCGCCCGAGCAGAGUGGCUCGUGUGCAGCCCGUGUUGGGAGGGCGACGCGUGCGAACACUAUGCUGAUUAUUAUUCCCCGAGGUUCCUUGUCCACGCCACGACAGUCGUCCUCAGAGCCAACUCGACAGGUAUCGUGUACAGGUCGUGGAGCACCGACGAGGACCUAGGUCUCACGUGCCCCCUGGGCCCCGGAAACUCCGCCAGGUGCCCCUGUGCGGCCGUGGCUUACCAGCUGUUCGCUCCACCUGGCGACCACCACUUCCAGCUGGACGCCGUCACGGGCUUCCUCACCAGGAACACCAGCAUGUCUCUGGAGGAUGGCAAGACGUACACAUACAAGAUCAUGGUGCAGAGUGAGGAUGAGUCCCAUUGUGUUGGUGGCACUUCACCCUCGACCCGGUUCAGCUCUCCCAGGAUCGAUCCCGGGUCCUCACUGUUGGAGAGCUUCGUGGAAAGGCGAUAA